GGGUCAGAAAUCGGGACUAGAACUACAGCAAAUGUUCGCCGGCCCGGGCACAUCCUUGCGGCACUUCUAUUUACUACCUCGAGCUCACUAGUGUACACUUGCUGAGAUGACGGCCUGGAAGAAAGGCCGCAACUUCUUGAUAGUGCUCGGAGCUUGCUACCUUGGCUUCCUUGCAUGCUUACUGCAACCUGCUAUCCAGACAAACGUGUUUUACCUUCAUCGCAUACGCUGGUCAACGCGAGAUCUUCUAUACCCCGAGAAGUAUGGUUUCGACGGUAAGCGAGCCCGAAGCCUCUUCAUUGAAGAAUCUAUACACGCAUGGCAUAUCGCUCCCUUGGUUCGCACGACUGAUAAUGCUGCAAAUAUGAUGAAUAAGGAUCAGCAGCUGAUAAUCUACUUGCACGGUACAGCUGGGACCAUUGCCUUUCCGCAUCGCUUAACAAGCUAUCGCAUCUUCACUGCUCUUCCAAAUAUGCAUGUCCUUGCUAUUGACUAUCGAGGCUUUGGCCUCUCUCAAGGGACGCCCUCGGAGAGCGGUCUCAUUGAAGAUGGCAUCGCCGCUGUUGAAUGGGCCAUCCGGGAGGGCUUCUCGAAGGAGAAUAUUAUUCUCUAUGGUCAAAGUCUAGGUAGUGCAGUGGCAAUUGGAGUAGCGCAUGAGCUUGCCACCCGAUCUGUCCAGCCUUUCGAGAUUGGCAAGGUGGUCACAGUUGCUGCGUUCGAGUCGGGCAAUGAAAUCAUCAAGACCUAUCGUCUGGGUGGUGUCAUCCCCAUCCUCGAGCCCCUCAGGACAUAUCCAGUGGUACAAAGAUGGUUCAUUGGAAAGCUCAAACAUCCGUGGGACUCUCUUGCGCGUGUGCAGGACCUUGCAGCAAAGACCAAGAUUUCCUUGACAUUCGGUCAUGCAAUUACUGAUUACGAGAUUCCCAAGGAGCACAGCGAAAGGUUGUUCCAGAGCGCGGUUGAUGCUUCUCUGCUCGUGGAUGGUAUUGCCGCAACAGCCACUACCAAGAAGACCGAGGAUGGAGGUUUCGAAAGACGAUUUGGCAAUCGCUUCCUUUACAGAUCAGUCUACUGGGGCGGACACAAUCAAGUUCAAUGGGACGACAAAUUGCUGGAGGAUAUUCAGCAGAUGAAUGGUGCUGAAUGAGAUAGACAGGGGCCGGAGAAUCCAGGCACAUUCAAUGGCCUUGGACAGGUAGAUUCGAGGCUAGCACUUGUUCAGAUGGAUACACGCUAAAUCAGCGUGGGACAAAGAUUCAAAAAAUGUUGCAAGAGAACUGGAGUGGACAACAGCUUGCAGUUCAUCUCA